AUGAUCCGCCCACGUUAUGAAAGUUCAAAGGACCAUCCUUUGUAGACAGAUGUGGCUUGUUUCUUAAUGGUCAUUGAGAUUUAGAGAUUAUUAGAUGAAAAUACGUAAUUGAAAGUGGAAAUGCAGGAGAUCUUAGCAAGACAACUUGACAGAGCUAAUUAUGAACAAUAGAUUAAAGAUCUAAUGGAACGUCUUCGUUAACUACAAGGGUAUGUUAGAUUUAUAAUUAAUAUAUAGUUUGGUAACAGAUUUGACAAAAGAAAAUAAGUAGCUUAAAUAACGAUAAGCUGAUUAAGAUGCAGAACUAGCAGAUUUAAAGCAAUUUGUUGAAGAAAAUAAUCUAGAGGAGAAAUAGGAAUAAUAAGAAGCGGUUGCCAAAGAAUUAGAUGAUCUCAAAGAUUAAUUAGAAAGAGAUUAAAAAGAUAGGGUAUAAUAUAAUCUAAUUGUAUUUUAUAGGAAGAUUAAAAAGCUUUUUAUGAAGGAUUACUUGCUGAUAAAGAUGAUUUGAUUGCUGAACUUAGAAGACAAUUAAAAGAUGCUGAUGAAAAAUUCAAUAAUUAUCGUAGAGAGAAAGAGUAGAUUAUUAAGGAAAAAGAUUAUGAUAUCAAGAACAAGGAUAGAGAGAUCAAGGACUUAUUAAGGAGAUUAGCUGAAUUUGAGGGAAAGUUAUAAGGUAAAAGACCAGAUGAAAUUCAGCGAGAUUUGGAACGUUUAAAGAAGGAAUUAGCUGAUAAAGACAAGGAAAUUGAUAAAUUAAAAAAGAAGAUAGGAGAUUUAGAAGCUUAAUUAGCAUUAUUAAAAUAAUAAUUAUAGGAUGCUAAAGAUAAGCUUAAAGAUACUUUAUCAUAAUUAGCAGAUGCAAAGAAUUAAGCAACAUAAGCAGCCAAAGAUAAUGAUGCUAAAAAUUAAAGGAGAAUUAGAGAAUUAGAAUAAUUAGUUGAGUAAUUGAAGGCUGAAAUUGAUAGAUUAAAUGCAUUAAUAGAUAAAUUAAAUUAAGAUGUUGCAUCUGGUAUUGAAAGAGAGAAAUAAUUGAAUGAUAAUUUACAAAGUAAUUUCAAUAUACUAAAUUAGAAUAAUUAAGUGAUAAUGGAUCAGUUUCUGCAGCCAAAUAAAAUAGAUAAGCUAAAUAAGCAGAAUAAGCAUAAUAAUAAUUAACCUAGACUUCUUAAAAAUUAAAGGAUGCUGAAAAGGAUAAUAAUGAACUUAAAAAGAAAUCAAAUGAAUUAGAUAGAUAAUUAGAGGAAGCCAAAAAGUUAAUUAAAUAAUUAUAAGAUGAACUUGCUGCCUUAAAAGAAAAAUUAUUAUUGGCUUAAACUGAAAAUGAUGAUCUCAAAAAUUAGUUAAAUGAUUUAUAGGAUUAAUUGAAUGAAGCUUUAUUAGAUAAGGAUUAUUUAUAAAAAUCUCUUAAAGAGUAAGAGGAUGAACUUAAUAGAGUUAAUGAUUAAUUAUAAGAUUUGAAUGAUGAAAAAGAAUAAGCAUAAGCUGCUGCUUUGGAAGCUACAUAAUAACUUCAAAAUUUAGCAGAUGAAAAAGCUUAGGAAGAAGCUGAUAAAGAAAAAGAUUAAGAUAGAUUAAAUGAUUUAGAAGAUAAGAUUACAGAUUUAGAAGAUUAAAUUGAAGACUUGGAAAAAACAAGGAAUCGUUUACUUAAUUAAAUUCAAGAUUUAAUUGAUAAAUUACAUGAUGAAAGAGAAUUAUGUGAAUAUUAUCAUAAACUCUGUUCUGAUUAAGAACAUUAAAAUAAAUUAUUAUAAGAUUAAGAAAAUAAAUUAAAAGAAUAAGUUUAAAAAUUAAAUAAUGAUAUUGAAUAAAUGGAAGAAGAUCAUGAUGAAGCAUAAAAAAGAUUAAUAGAAUUAGCUUAAGAAUAAGAAGCACUUAAGGAAUUAGCUGCAUCUAAUUAAGAUAAUGUUAUUGAUAGAGAAGCUUAUGAUAAUUUAUUGAAUUAAUUGGAUGAAAAAAAUAAAGAAAUAGAGGAUUUAAAUGAAUUAUUAAGAAGAUAUGAAUAAUAAUUCAAAAUGUUAAGAGCUGAAUUAGCUAGAGUUAAUUUAGCUUAAUUAAAAGAAAAAAAGAAUAAAUAAGAUACUGAAGCACUUUUAACUAAAAUCAUGAUUAUGUAAGCUGAAAAUGAACGUUUACAAUAAGCUGCAAAAUAAUUAUAAUCUCAAGCUGCAUCUCCUGAAAUAUUGAAAAGAACUGGAAGUUAGGGUAAUGAUCCUGCUUAAGGUAAAUUAGAAUAAUUAUAAAAUGAAAAUCUUAAACUUGAAGAUCAAGUUAGUGAGUAUGAAAAUAAGAUUGCUUUGUUGACUAUGGAAUUAAAGAGGUUGAAAGAUUCAAAGUAUAUAUGAUAUUUAUAAUUUAUUAGGCCUGAAAUUCUUCCAAUAAAAUCUAAUGGUAAUGAUGAAUAAUAACUUUAAUUAUAAGUUCAAUAAUUAUAAUAAUAAGUUUAAUAAUUAUAGAAUGGAGGAUUAUUGUAAUCAAAUGGAUAACCUUUAUCAAAAGAUGAUAGAAGACUAUCUGAUUUGUUAUGCUUAGUGACAAUCAUGGCUGCUGAAAUAGAGAAUCUAAGAACUCUCGUUGCCUUGCAUUGAG